CUUCAUUAAAAUUGGAAAAAUCAUGAGCUUCACUUGACACUCUACAGUGAUAUGCAUGAAUGUAAACCAUCACAGAAGAUGUGGAGCUCUGGACUCAAUAGCCAUCCACUUACGUGCGUGUGGAAAAGAUCACAGACGCUCUCAGAUCUUCCAGCACGUGGAGAGACGGAGACAGACGAAAGCUGGAGGGCUGAAACGCUGGACAUCCUCACCUCGUCGCUGUCGUUUGAUUUGCUCGGCUGCAGGGUUGUGCUGGAAGCUCCAUUCAUCACUACAGAGACGACAGCACUUUUUCCAGACAUACCAGGCAGGCCUUCUUGUCAAGACAAGCAUCCAUUAGUGCAGAAACAUGGGUUCAGGAGGCCUGACAUUCAGCUGUUUGGUUUUGGCAACCCUGAUGACUUUAAAUCAUGCCGGCCUGGUAAAGAAGAUGAUCAGACACCGGCGGGAAGCUCUGACGAUUCCCGGCAUACACAACGUAACCCUUCCAAGCUCUUCUCAACCGGUCGUUUUUAACCAUGUCUACAACAUCAAAGUUCCCGGUAGCUCUCUGUGCUCAGUGGAUCUGGACUCUUCUCUCGGUUCGGAUCUUGAGCAGAAGGAUGCUCCAUCUGGCUCAGAAGAAACAGAUCACACGUUAGAUGGUGGUAAUCAGAUCGUCUUUACCCAUCGCAUCAACGUCCCCAAGCAGGCGUGUGGCUGUACGGAGGGACUGCCGCACCUGAAGGAGCUCCUGAAUCGGCUGGAGAUGUUGGAGGGCGAGAUGUUGACACUCAGAGAGCACUGCGCCAAAGAAACCACCUGCUGCAGCAUUCAGGCCACAGGUGAUGUAGGAACGAAGCCUUUCUGCAGCGGCCGUGGAAACUACAGCACGGAGGCCUGCGGCUGUAUAUGUGAGCCCGGAUGGAAGGGCCCCAACUGCACCAUUCCCGACUGUCCCAGAGAUUGCAAUGACCAGGGCCGCUGCAUUAACGGAAAGUGUGAGUGUUUCGCUGGCUUCACGGGUGCGGACUGUAGCGAGGAGACCUGUCUGGUUGACUGCGGUGAGAACGGACGUUGCAUCAAUGGAGCAUGUGUUUGCAAUGAAGAAUUCUCUGGGGAUGAUUGCACGGAGACGGAUUGUCUCAACAACUGUUUGGGACACGGCCGCUGCGUUGAAAGUGAGUGUGUUUGCGACGAGCACUGGACUGGAUUCGAUUGCUCUGAGCUAAUCUGUCCGCAUGACUGCUACGACCGUGGACGAUGUGACAACGGGACUUGUUAUUGUGAUAAAGGCUACACCGGAGAGGACUGCGGGGCACUCGCUUGUUCAAACGACUGCUCGGGACGAGGUUUUUGUAUUGACGGCCGCUGUGUGUGCGACGCCGGCUACUCCGGUGAGGAUUGUUCAAGGUUGACCUGUCCAAAUGACUGCAACCAAAGAGGGCGAUGUUUCAACGGCAUGUGCAUUUGUGAAACAGGUUAUUUCGGAGAGGACUGCGGGAAGCUCUCCUGCCCGGAUAGCUGCAAUGGUAGAGGGCGCUGCAUUGAUGGUCGUUGCGAAUGUGACGUCGGAUUUAAAGGUCAUGAUUGUUCAGAGUUUAGCUGCCCCAAUGAUUGUAACAAACGAGGGCGCUGCGUUAACGGCCAGUGUGUUUGUGAAGAGGGAUUUGGUGGCGAGGACUGCAGCGUCAAAACUUGCAAGUCAGACUGCUAUGGCCAAGGCCAGUGUGUGGAUGGGAAAUGCAUUUGCUUUGCAAACUUUGCCGGCGAAGACUGCAGUGAAUUGAGCUGCCCGAGCAACUGCCUGAACCGUGGACGUUGCGUCACAGGGCAAUGCGUUUGCGACGAAGGCUUCACUGGAGAGGACUGCGGUCAGAGGAAGUGUCCAAACGACUGCCUCAGCCGUGGACGAUGCAUGGAGGGACAGUGCAUUUGCCAGGAGGGUUUUGAGGGCCUGGAUUGCUCCGUUCCCACCUGUCCUGGAAACUGCAAUAAUCAUGGGCGCUGUUUCAAUGGGAAAUGUGUGUGUGAUGAGGGAUUCGCUGGUGAUGUCUGUGGAGAACGAAGCUGUCCGAAUGAUUGCAAUGGUGCGGGGCAAUGUUUGGACGGCCGCUGUGUAUGCGAUGAAGGCUACAUUGGAAAGGAUUGCUCAGAAGUCUCACCACCGGAGGACCUGACCAUUACAGAUGUGACCACAGAGAAGGUGAACCUCUCCUGGAAGAACGAGAUGCUGGUGACGGAGUAUUUGGUUACACACGUCCCAACGUCACCAGGCGGCCGGCAGUUGGACUUCCAUGUGCCUGGAGAUCGUACGUCUGCUACCGUCUCUGAGCUGGAGCCGGGAAUCGAGUAUUUCAUCAGCGUUUAUGCCAUCCUCAACAACAAGAAGAGCAUUCCUGUCAGCACCAGAGUGUCCACAUAUCUACCGCAGCCCGAGGGCCUGAAGUUUAAAUCCAUCAGUGAUACGUCUGUGGAGGUUUUGUGGGACCAGCUGGACUUUCCAUUUGACGCCUGGGAGCUCAUCUUUCGUAACAAGAAAGAAGAAAACGGGAAGAUUGUGAACAAUCUGACACCUUCCCAAACCAACUUUGAGCAGCCGGGACUCGUCCCCGGCCAGGAAUAUGAAGUCACUUUGUCCGUCAUUAAGAACAACACCAGAGGACCCGAAACCAGCUCCACUGUAGUAACAAGAAUCGAUUCUCCGGGGCAGAUUGAUGUUGGCGAUGUGACAGACCGGUCUGCAGUGGUCUCCUGGUCCAGGCCUGUGGCUCAGGUGGACGGGUUCAGGGUGUCGUACGGGCCGAGCACUGACCCAUUAGUCCAUCGAGAUGUCGACCUCCUGGCCACAGACACACAGUACAGCCUGGAAGACCUGGAACCAGACACUGAAUACAGAGUGUCUCUCAGUUCAAAGAGGGGAGACGUGAGCAGCGAGCCCAUCUUUGAGAGCUUCAUCACGGGUCUGGAUGCCCCCACUGACCUCAGAGCUGUUAACCAGACUGACAACAGCAUCACACUGGAAUGGAAAAACAGCCGUUCAUCCAUCGACGGAUACCGUAUCAAGUACAGUCCGAUCAAAGGAGGUGUUCAUGGUGAAGACAUGUUCCCUAAAAGAGCAGGAGACACAACAUGGGCUACAAUUACAGGCCUGAAGCCUGGAACGGAGUACGGUAUUGGAGUCACAGCCAUUCAGAACGAAAGAGAGAGUGAGCCAGCGACCACAAACACACUGACCGAUCUGGAUCGUCCACGAGACUUGGAAGUGCGAGACUCCACCGAAACCACCCUGGAACUGGUCUGGAAGAGGCCCAGGGCCAAGAUCUCCAUCUACAAGCUAGCGUUUGUCUCUGCCGACGGCCGACGGGAAGAAGUCGAGCUGCCUGCUAGCACAACCGGCUACACCCUGAGCAGCUUGAGCCCUGGCGUGCACUACACCAUCACCCUCGUGGCAGAACGCGGACGGAGGAGAAGUGCUCCUGUCACCGUCACCGCAUCCACAGGCCUUGGAGCUCUACGGGACCUUGGUUUCUCCGACAUCACGGACACAACGGCUGUAGUUUCCUGGACUCGACCUCGAUCCCAACCAGACUCCCACAGAAUCACUUACAUCUCCAUCCAAGGAGGUGCUCCUGUGAUGUUGACGGCGGACGGGUCACAGUCUCAGGUUUCCCUGAUGAAUCUGAUUCCUGGAGAGACGUAUCAGGUGUCAGUUGUUGCAGUGAAAGGUCUGGAGGAGAGCGAACCAGUGUCCAACACUUUCACUACAGCCCUGGAUGCAGCACGUGGCCUGAUUGCUGUCAAUGUCACCGACACAAAGGCACUGUUGCUGUGGCAACCUGCCGUGGCGACCGUGGAUGGAUAUGUGAUCACAUACAGCGCAGACACUGUGCCACAGAUAUCAGAGCAGGUUUCUGGGAACACGGUUGAGUUUGAGAUGAGUUCACUGGCUCCAGCAACUCAUUACACUGUUAAUGUGUAUGCCAUCAGAAACAGGGAGAAAAGUGCUCCAGCGACCACAGACUUCAGCACAGAUGUGGACGCUCCGCGUGAUCUGGUUGCCAGUAAUAUUCAGACAGACAGCGCCGUUCUCAGCUGGACGCCGCCGCGGGCCGCCAUCACCGCAUACAUCCUGACCUUUGAACCAUCUGACGGGGAUGUCAGGGAGCUGAAUCUGGAUCUGUCUGUGACCUCACACGCUCUGUCUGAUCUGAGGAGCAGCACUGAACACACAGUUCGACUGCAGGCCGUCUCUGAGGACAAGAGGAGCACACAGACCAGCUCCGUCUUCAGCACAGCUGGCAUGCGCUUCAGGAACACCAAGGACUGCUCAGAAGCUCUGCUGAACGGAGAGACUUCCUCCGGUCCGUACACCAUUUACAUCAGCGGAGACGAGAAGCAGCCCGUCCGAGUUUACUGUGACAUGAGCACCGACGGCGGUGGCUGGAUGGUGUUCGUUCGGCGUCAGAGCGGAAAGCUGGAUUUCUACAGGAACUGGAGGAACUACUCUGCAGGAUUCGGUGACACGAGCGAUGAGUUCUGGCUCGGACUUUCAAAUCUUCACAGAAUCACCUCAGCAGGUCAGUACGAGCUGCGCGUGGACCUGCGUGACGGACAGGAGAGUGUGUUUGCAGUCUACGAUACAUUUUACAUCGCAGAUCCUCGUUCCCGCUACAAGAUCCUGAUUGGUGCAUACAGUGGCACCGCAGGUGAUUCAUUGUCAUAUCACCAGAACAGACCCUUCUCCACCUAUGACAAUGACAAUGACAUUGCGGUCACCAACUGUGCCCUGUCCUACAAGGGAGCGUUCUGGUAUAAAAACUGCCACCGAGUGAACCUGAUGGGGAAAUAUGGAGACAGCAGUCACAGCAAAGGGAUCAACUGGUUCCACUGGAAAGGCCAUGAGCAUUCGAUUCCAUUCGCGGAGAUGAAGAUCCGGCCAGUCAAUUUCAGAAACUUGGAAGGCAGACGGACAAGAACAUAGACUUUAAAUGUCCCUCUUUCUAUUUUCUCCAAAGUCCCACACAUCUCUCAUCAACAGCCCAUCUCUCGUCGCAGACAGACACGAUUAAAACUCCUGAGUGGAACAUUUCUCACCAUUCGAACUCUGCCUUUCAUAUCAACUUUAUCAGACCAGUGAUCGCCAGUGAAUACUGUUUCUGUAGACCUUUGAUCUGCUAGAAACAGUCGUGAUUGGUGGAGGGUUUUACUGACACUUGGUAAAAACAUGCAUGUGAAAUGUGAUAUUUGAAUGUGACACCAGUCAAGGUUCAAGACCAUCCUACAACAAACCAACUUUUUCAGGAAAUAUUCAAUGAUCUUGUACAGUUUUUUUCGGAAAAGGAAGUGUCUUCGGGACCAGUGAUGUCAUUUCCUCAACUGAAUCAUUACCACUCUCAGGUCUGACAUGCAGUAAACAGAAAGGUGCAGAUAAGUGUGUAAAUUUUGUCAGUUUGCUUAUUUCCUAAAGAGUUUGUAUGUCAAGCCAGUUUUCUUAUUGAUGUGUUAUUAAUUAUUGUUUUAUAAUUAUUUAUUUUUAUAAUGUUUUCUUUUCCCCCAUAGAGUCCUCAGCAUCUGUAAUCCCUAGAAAAAAGUGUUGAUUUAACUUUAUCUCUUCACCUGGAAUGUGUCUAAAAUGUAUCUUCAAAAAAAAAAAAAAAAAAAAACAGGAAAUAAAAAUGUAAAAUGUAA